AUGAACGAACAAUGGAAACAGGCAGGUGUGUGCACGGACAAUGUAUCAAAAGACAAAAUGAAUUUUAUUAGGUAAGUAUAUGAAACAUAAAUUUAUUAGAUAGAGAUAAUAUAUUAUAAGUGUUGAAGACGAUAUUUCCCGAUUCGCCGUUUCGCUCACUCGUACAAUGUACUCGUGCAACUACCCGUUUCUGCAUGCUUAUAGUUUCAGUAAUAUCUUAACUAUAAGUAUGUCUUGUUUUUGUCUACUUUUAUUAGGCUUUCUUGUGUACUUCAUGUGCUUUUAAGUGCGGUGCUGCAUUACAUUGAUAACCCCAAAGAUGAGACGGAAAUGAGAGAACCAUGUGCAAUAAAUAAUGAAAUACCAGCUUCAACAUUAAAAAUUGCACAGAAGGUGAUCAACUUUUUUGCAGAACAACGAAAGGCAUUUCUGCUUGUAAGCUUUAGACUACUUUUAUAAAGCUUUUGUAUAACAGAGAUCAUAUAUACUUCGUCUGACAUCUGCAUGUCUAUAGGUUCUCAUUACGAAAGUUUGAUGCUGUUCCAAAACACUCAUGCAGUGUUUAUUGUUUAAAACCAAGCACCAAGGGUGGGUUGACUACAAAAUUUUUGUAGUUCGCUAUAACUACAGCUACUUCAAAAAUAUGUAGUCAGCUACAACUACUGCUACUUUUUAACAAAGGUAGUUCGCUACUGACUACAGCUACUGCUUAAAAAAUGUAGCGAACUAUUUCGCUACAUUAAUAUUUAGUUUUACUGUAUUAGGAGCAUCUACUAACUCAGUCUGUAAUGUAACCUAUAACAAAUCGACUUACGAGUAGCAACAGCAAACACAAAGAAACAUUUUUGUAAACACUACAGUGUUCAGGAGUGCAAAUUGACUAUUGUAUGAGUAUUGAUUUUAAGCAAACCGUGUCUCGAUCAAUAUCAUGCUAUUCUAUCAAGUUGCUAACAAUUUUAAAAAGUAGCGAAUAGCGAUUCGUUGUUUGAAAAGUAGUCAACUACUUGGCUACUUUUAGGUAAAAUGUAGUUUGCUACAACUACAGCUACUGUUUUAAAAAAGUAGUUAAAAACUACUGGCUACUUGAAAAUUGUAGUUCACUACAGUAGCGAACUACAACUACUUCACUACUACCCACCUUUGCCAAGCACUUGUGCGGUGUUUAUUGUUUAGCCUGAUAACAAUGUCAAUGUUCAAGUUAAAGUAUACGAGUUUCACUUUAAAUUAUCUUCCGCACAUGGCUGAUGCCAUUAUUUUUCACCAGUGUCAGUGAUUCAAUAGCCCAUACUGUAUAUAAACUACAAUCAUUUCAAGGUUUUUGUGAUGUAUUAUAUAGGUGUUGGAACCAAUAUCACUUGCAAACACCACUACUGAAUCUAAUCCCAAUGAUCUGAUCGCAUCAUUUGGCAAGUGGUUUAUAGCCAAUUGUAGUCCAUCUUCUAAUGACGAAGUGAGUAUGAUUUGA